UUUAAUUUCUGUUUUCUUUCCAAUACACGUGAGUGAUAACCUAGAAGUUUAGAACUAAAAAUAAUUAAAAGUUCUCUAUUAACGUUAUAUUUCAUAUUACAAUGGUGUCAUCAAAAAAAGCCGACGUUAAGAAAAGGCCUGUACUUAAAAUGAAACCUGAAAAGGUAAAAGUAAAGAAACAAAGCACCGGUAAAAGUAAAACUACUGUCGAGAAAAUCCUUACCCAAACGGAAGAGAAAAAACCAAAGAAAGAUGUGUUAAAGACUAUAAUAAAAGACCAACAAAAUGUAGCCCCGAAAACAAAGUUUGUCAUGCCUUCCAAAAACAUCAAGGAAGCAAAUGUUGAUUUAUGUCUGGCUGCCUUAGAACAAGUAGCUACUAAUACUAAAAACAAAAAUGCUAUUUUCGAUGAUGAAACACAAAUAUUUGCAGAAAUUAACUGCAUCAAAAUACAAACUACUACAGGGAAUAUUAAGUUUGUCCUGCCACAUAGUACAGCAGCAUCAACAGGAGAAAUUUGUUUGAUUACACCAGAUUUGAAGAAGGGUAAAAAAAUUGAUCAUGAACCUACUGUGGAUCAUUGGGAGGAAAAACUCCGACAAGCCAAUGUGACAUGUGUAAAAACUGUUCUACCAAUGAGACAGCUAAGGGUGGAAUAUGAUCAGUUUGAAUUGAAACGCAGACUUCUUACACAACAUGACUUCAUUAUGGUUGACACAUCAAUAUUAAGCCAUGUGUCUCAUUUAUUAGGAAAAAUGUUUUUCAAGAAACACAACAUGCUAAUUCCUGUCAGGCUGCAUAAAAAAGAAGAUAUAAAGAAAAGUAUUGAUCUUGGAUUACGUACAGCUAUGCUACGUUUGGCAGAAGGAGCAACAUCCGUUAUUGUGGUAGGACACACAGGCAUGCCAAGACAAAAAGUCAAAGAGAAUGUUCUCUCUUUAGUACAGCAACUUCGUGACAAAUAUCCUGGAGGGGAAGCCAAUAUUAGAUCAAUUUCACUUAAACUGCCACUAUCAUUGGCAGUGCCUCUGUAUCUAACAUUGCGACCAUCAAACUCCAUAACUCAGCCUAGAUUAGUUAGGAAUAAACCUAAAAACUUCAGAAUCCUUGAAGAUGAGCUGUCUACUAUUCCUAAUAGUACUGUCAGAGUAGCCCCAGAUGGUACAGUUCAAGUAAACAAACUGGGAAAAGAAACUAGUGACAGUGAAGAUAAUGAGAUGGAUCAAAAGGAAGAUAAAGAGGAAGCAAAUGCAUCAGAUGAUGAAUGAAAGAGAAAACACAAACAUUUUUAACAUAUUUUAAUCAUCAAAUGUGUAACACAAUUACGUUUUAAUAAAAAAGUUACAAUCUUC